UUUUCCACCCAAUCCAAACAAUUCACUCAUCAGACUCUCACGCUUCUCUAUCUCUGUAUCUCACUCUCACACCUCUCUGUCUCACUCUCACGGUGAGAGUCUCACCUCAAUCAAGCUCAUGCGGCCACGCCUCUCUCUGAAUCUCUCAAUUUUUUUUCUUUCUUAUCCUCACGACUUCUGAUCUGCUUCUCAUCCUCACGGUCACGGGUCACGAUCUGCUUCUGGUUUUUUUCUUCCUUUGUCUCCAUCUUGGUCUCAUCCUCUCUGCUUCAGUGGCUUCAUCAGAUAUGGCGGACAGUGUUGUGAGUUUCCUCGUAGCGAACUUUACUCAGCUGCUUGCAAAAGAAUCAGAGUUACUUGGUGGGCUGGAGGAUCAAGUCAGGAUUCUUCACGACGAGCUGGGAAUGAUCAACAUCUUCCUCCAAAGAACUGAGGGGAAACGAGAUGACAGCUACAUCAAAGAGGUAGUAAGCCAAAUCAGGGAAGUUGCCUAUGAGAUUGAGGAUGUUUUCGAUACAUUCAUCAUGACGGCCACAAAGCACAAGAAAAGAAGCAAGCUGAGGAAGCUAGUCUAUUGCUUUGACCAAAUAACCACGCUUCACGAGGUUGCAAGUAAGACAGAGAGCAUCAAGAAAGUCAUCACAGACAUUUACGGCGAUAGGAAGUAUGACAUUAUUGAAAUAGCAGCUCAAUCAGGAGGAGAUGCAGUAGCGGAGGACAUAUUGCACAAGCAUAGGAGAUAUAUGUCGAGGAAGAUGAAGUGGUGGGCUUCAGUCAUGACACGCAGAAAUUGCUGAAGCAGCUUCUUGAAGGAGGUUUGCAACGUGAUGUCAUUUCAAUCAUCGGUAUGGGUGGCUUGGGUAAGACCACUCUUGCCAGGAAGAUCUAUAACAACAAUUACGUUGAGAAUCAUUUUGAUUUGCGUAUCUAGGUUUAUGUAUCUGAAGAAUACAGAACUAGAGAGUUGUUGCUGGAAAUUUUAAAAGGUGUGAAGCCAAUGCCAAAGGUGAAAAAAUUUAUGUUGAAAGCCGAGUUGAAAGAGGAGUUAUUCCAUGGUUUGGAACUUAAGUAUAGCUUGAAUAAGAAUCAACUGAAAGUGGCAUUGUUUGAAGACUUGCAA